UUCGCAUCGAACUGUAAUGACAUGACAGGUGCCGCCAUUAUUGUUGUUUAUUUUUAGAUAAAAUUGUACGCAGUUGUAAUAUUAUUGUUGAAAAUAGAGAGGAACGUGCUUCUUUAGUAUUUUUGUGCAGAGUAGAAUGCAGUAUUGCCCAAAAAAUCGACUGUCAUACAAUGUCCCAAGAAGAUCUAAACCUGAGUGUAACUUUGGAAAAGUUACAAAUUGAAGCCGAAAAGAAGAAGACGAUGGUGCAACCUGACACAAAUCCCUUCCUUAGGAGACGCCGUUCGAAAUCUCUGUCCAGCAUAUCUCUGUUCGGCCCGAGCUGCAACUGCAGUAAGAAAUCCCCCUUAUUACUGAAACAGGAUGUGUCUUUCAAGAGGAGCCAUAAGAAAAUCAUCCGCGAGCCUGUGUUAAAACUGAUUACAAAGUGCUAUCAUAGUAAACCCGCCACAAACAUUGACGACAAAAAAGUGUUCGGACAAUCCAGUAAAAGUACCGGUAAAGAUUUCCGUGCCAUUGUCGAUGCGUGCCAGCAGCUAAACCUCGCGAACGUAAACGAUGGCGUACAAAAUUACUCGUUAAAAAGUUUCCAGGAAGCUCGACCCGACCAAAGUCGGUCCCCUCAGAAAUCUGAAAGUAGUGUUAGUACGACGUGUUCACAUCAGGCGCGUAUGACCGUUACGCCUUCGUGCGAUGUUACAAUUGACGAACUUGCCAGUUAUUUUGAAACUUUCGUGCAUAUACCAAAAAAAAUGAGCUCGAUGGCCGAGAUGAUGUAUACUUAGUUUUGCGAUUUACAGUAAAUGAAAUAAAUAGUUUGUUCAUUUUUAGUUUAUUUAUUAAUGUAAUCAUUUUUUUGUACUCAUUUAUGCCAUCUAUAACUAGCAGAUUUUAAUGCAGUUUCAAAUAAAAGCCUUUAAAAGUUAA